AUGGACCCGGCAACGAAGAGUUUUUUCGUGGCACGUCGAAAAGAGGACCCCGAGAAUGCUGUCUGUUGUGACUGCGGUGCUGCCAACCCACAGUGGGCAAGCGUCCCUUAUGGGAUCUACUUCUGUCUAGUCUGUUCUGGGAAGCACCGAUCUCUGGGGGUACACCUUAGUUUUGUGCGCUCGACCACGAUGGAUAGCUGGAACCCCAAACAGUUGAAGAAAAUGGAGCUCGGUGGCAACAGCAAGUUUAACAAAUUCUGUCGAGAGAUGGGAAUCGACAAGAUGUCGAUCUCGGAAAAGUAUAAUACUAAGGCGGCGGAGUACUAUAGGAACUACAUUCAAGCUUUGGCUGACGGUACCGCGCCGCCUGAGAGGCCCUCGGUAGCUGACGGGAAGAUGCCGGCAUGUAAUGGUGUUAGAGUCGCAUGGUCGUACAUGAAGUGA